AGAAACCUCAUAGCAACUACUCAGAGCACCCCAGCAACCGCAGAGCAUGUUGAUAAAGCGCUAAUUGUUGGAGAUUUUAACAUUCACGUUGAUAAUACAAAUUAUGCUUUAGGACUUGUGUUUACUGACCUAAUAAACUCUUUUGGAGUCAAGCAAAACAUCACCGGGCCCACUCAUCGUUUUAAUCAUACGCUAGAUUUAAUUAUAUCACAUGGAAUUGAUCUUACUGAUAUAGAUAUCGUACCUCAAAGUAAUGAUGUUACUGACCAAUACCUUGUAUCGUGCAUGCUGCGUAUUACUGAUAUUAACUAUAUGGCUCCACGCUAUCGUCCAGGCAGAACUAUUGUUCCAGCCACUAGAUUCACAAAUAACCUGCCUGAUUUGUCUCAACUGUUCUGUGUACCCAUAAAUACACAUAAACUAGACAAAAUAACUAGCAACAUCGGCACUAUCUUCUCUAAUUCAUUAGAAGCUGUUGCCCCCAUCAAAUUCUAGUGAACUGGCAAAUUACAGACCCAUUGCAAAUCUUCCGUUUAUGUCUAAAGUUUUAGAAAAAGUUGUGUCUGCUCAAUUGUGCUCCUUCUUGCAAAAAAAUGAUCUCUGUGAAGAAUUUCAGUCAGGUUUCAGGCCCCACCAAAGCACAGAAACUGCACUUGUUAAAAUUACAAAUGACUUGCUUCUUGCGUCAUACCAAGGCUGCAUCACAUUGCUAGUUUUACUUGAUUUUAGUGCUGCGUUCGACACUGUAUAUCAGGGUUCCUCAAAUCUUACCCUGGAGGACCAAUCCACUGCAGAGUUUAGCUCCAACCUUGAUCAAACUCACCUGUCUGUGAUUUUCUAAUGAUUCUGAAGACAUUGAUUAGCAUGUUCAGGUGUGUUUGAUUAGGGUUACAGCUAAACUCUGCAGGAAAGUGGAUCUCGUUGGCCAGAUUUGAGGUUCCCUGCUAUAGAUCAUGACAUACUCAUAGAUAGAUUACAAAACUAUACAGGUUUUCAAGGGCAGGCUUUAAGAUGGUUUAGAUCCUACCUGUCCGAUCGCUACCACUUUGUUUAUUUAAACGGGGAGUCAUCUCAAUUAUCACCAGUAAAGUAAGGAGUGCCACAAGGAUCUGUCCUAGGCCCUCUGCUAUAUACAUGUUGCACCUUGGUAAUAUUAUUGGAAAAUACAGGAUUAGUUUUCAUUGUUAUGCUAAUGAUACUCAACUAUAUAUCUCAACAAGACCAGAUGAAACUUAUCUAAAUUAUCUAAGCUAACAGAGUGUGUUAAAAAUGUAAAAGAUUGGAUGACCAAUAAUUUUCUCCUAUUAAAUUCGGAUAUGACAGAGAUAUUACUUUUUGGACCAAAAAACAGUACACAGAAUCUCUUGGAUUACAAUUUGCAUCUAGACGGAUGUACUGUUACUUCCUCUACAGUCAAAAAUCUAUUAUAUUAGACAGCAACUUGUCUUUUGAAAAUCAUAUUUCCCAUGUUACAAAAACAGCUUAGAAACAUUGCCAAGCUUCGAAACAUUUUACCUGUUUCUGAUGCAGAAAAGCUAGUUCAUGCAUUCAUGACCUCUAGACUGGACUAUUGUAAUGCACUGCUAGCUGGUUGUCCUGCAUCUUCAAUAAAUGCUACAGGUAGUCCAAAAUGCAGCGGCUCCUUACCAGGUCAAGAAAAUUAGAUCAUAUUACCCCAAUUUUACAGUCUCUGCACUGGCUACCUAUUAAGUUACGAAUUAGUUACAAAAUAUUAUUACUUACCUAUAAGGCCCUUAAUAGUUUAGCUCCUGCGUACCUAACUACUCUUCUGUCUCGCUACAAUCCAUCACGCUCCCUAAGGUCGCAAAACUCUGGAUAAACCUAGGAUAGCGAAGUCCACUAAAGGAGGUAGAGCUUUUUCGCAUUUGGCUCCCAAACUCUGGAAUAGCCUUCCUGAUAACGUUUGGGGUUCAGACUCAGUUGCAACCGCAUUGCAACUACUCCGAACACCUCAGCAACCACAUAGCAACUACUCCGAACACCCCAGCAACCGCAUAGCAACUACUCCGAACACCCCAGCAACCGCAUAGCAACUACUCUGAACAACCCAGCAACCACAUAGCAUCUACUUACAACACCCUAGCAAUCUUUCAUUGAACUGAACAAAUCACAUUCCAGACAAUUUCAAUCUGAAUUCAGUUCAGUUUGUUUGUUAAAUAUGAAUCAGGAAGAAUGAUAGAUACAGACUAAUCAGAUCUUGUGAUCUAGAGAGAAACUGAUGAGAAAAGUUUGAGUUUCAACUUUUGAUUGCAAACUCUGGAAGCUUUCCAUUUAAUCUCAUUCUCGAUUUUUCACACUUUAUAUUUGAGGCUGAUGUGAAGUUUAGACGUAAUGUCUUUAGGUCAUUUUGUGUUCUUAUUCUCACAAUAUUUCAAUGCUCUGAAUGUUAUGAAACGUCUCUGGAAAGGGAGAUUUGAGUCUGAAACUCAAAGUUGAAGUGUGUGAGAGAGACAGAAAGCAGAAGUGACAUAUCUCCUCCGAUCACACCGUUUCCUCUCGCAGUUACACAGCGGAAGACGCUACUUCCUCAAAAAGACACAACACACUCCUCGCAAACACCUCCGAUUGCACGACGCAGGUAAACACACACGUCUGUGCUCCGCUGCCAUCGGGAUGGAGGCGUUCAGUUCGAAGGACAUGGCCAUGAAGGCCCAGAAGAAGAUCCUCAGUCACAUGGCCAGUAAGUCGGUGGCUCAUAUGUUCAUCGAUGACAACAGCAGCGAGGUUCUGGACGAGCUGUACCGUGUCUCCAAGGAGCACACGGGGAACCGCAACGAGGCCCAGAAGGUGGUGAAGAACAUGAUCAAGAUCGCCGUGAAGGUGGGGGUUCUGUUCCGACAUGGCAAGUUCAAUGCGGAUGAGCUAAGAGUGGCACAGGACUUCAGGAAAAAACUCCACCAUGGAGCCAUGACGGCCAUCAGCUUCCAGGAGGUGGAGUUCACCUUUGAUAAGAGCGUGAUGAUGGAGCUUCUGGCCGAGUGUCGUGAUUUACUGCUGAAGCUGGUGGAGAAGCACCUGACGCCCAAAUCUCUGGACCGCAUCAGACACGUGUUCAACCAUUACUCGGACCCGGAGCUCCUCACGCACCUGUACGACCCUCAGGGCACUCUGUGGCCCAACCUCAGCAAGAUCUGCAGCGGCCUGAACCGCAUGAUCGAAGAGGGCAAGCUCUGAACACACAGAGACAGACACGCUGGACUCAAAGACUGGACUUCAGAGCUUCUGUCCCUGUUCUCACAGAGAUACUGAGCUCAGGGGAGCAGCGAGACGCUCCUGAACGCAUCCCUCGAAUCUGACUGGGCGAUUCGUACUGAACAUGUCAAGAACACGUGCAGCUCAUAUUUCAUACUUCAAAAUCAGAAGAAAGAUUUAAAGGGACAGUCCACCCAAAAAUCAGCAUUCUGUCAUCAUUUACUCCCCUCAUGUUAUCGAACAACUGACUUCUCAGCUAACAGGGAACGUUGUCAGAAUGUUAUAGCAAGGUUCUCUCAACGUUACGAACUCGGAUUCGUCCAGUAACGUUACUAGAACGUUCGUGCAAUGUUAUCUGGCCUUUAAUAUCAUUCUCAAAACCAAAACAUUAUUCAUGGAACGUUCUUCUGAAACAGAACAUUUAAAAUUAACGUUCCCAUAAUGUUUGCAAAAUCAUAACAUGAAACGUUCCCAAAGUUUUCUCUAAAGCUCACAUAACCCAGAAUUUUAUUUAUUUGUCAUUUUCAAAAUACUGGAAGUUUGGAAGGUUCAGAAAACAUUUACUUACAGAAAAUACACAAAAUAAGAUUUUUUUUUCAAAACAUGAAAGUAAAUGGGGUCCAAUAAAAUACAUUUUGGAACAAAUAUAUGAUGACAGAAUGAUCGUUUUUGGGUGAACAAUCUCUAUCUUGAAAAUUGUUUUGCGUAAAGAAAAUGAAUCCAUUUUAAUAUUAGAUUUUUGUUUUUAACAUUCUUUUCACCCAUGAAUAUUACCGAAUAGAACUUAUGCAACACUGGAUUUUAUGCACAGUUCUGCAGUAUUAACCAGUAAAAUAAUUAAUUACUGUUUUCCUGUUUUGGUGUUUUGUUCAAAAGCAAACGUAUUAAAGUUGAAACAGAAUGGAGCACCUGAAUGGAUUAAAGUUAACAAUAAAGUGUUGUUUCAUUGCAAAUAUUCUCUACAAAAGCCUUUUCUUCAGCUCUGUGAUCUUUUGAUAUGAUCUUUUUGGCACGGACGUCAUUUAACUUCUACUUCAACUGCAGAUCUGAGAACAUAUUUUAAAGUUGAAAUUUGCUGAAAUGUGUUCACCCUCAGGCCGUCUG